AUGUCAAAUACAUUAGACAAUCGAUAUGCAAAUAUGACAAGAGAAGAAAAAGAUCACUUAUGUGAUCAUAAUUAUGAAAUUAUACAGGAAUUAAUAUUACGACGUGAAGAACGUGAAAAAAUUUCAAACGACAGUCUAAAACAAGAUGAGAAGAAUUUAAAUAAGGAAAAAAGCAAUCAACAUUUCAAAAGACAACUUACUUCGACGAGUCAAUAUGGUGAAGAGGAUGAUCAUAAUGAAGAAAAUAAUAAUCCAUUUAUUUUUGUGACAAGAAAUAGCAAAAGAAAACAACAAAAAGUGAAUAGUAAAGAAGCUAUCGAGGUGAACGAAAACAAUGAUAUUUAUAUGAUCCAUAAUAACACACCACCAACUACAGUCAAGAAAGGCGGACGAUUAUUUGUGAACAGCAGAAAUAGAACGAAUAACAAUAACAAUGAAUCUAUAUACUCCAACAACCGAUCAUAUGAUAUUAGUCAUCAAUCAUAUGGUAAAGAACUAGUGGCGUAUCUAGAACAGUGGCGACUCGCUGGUGGUGGGUGGGCAGUGGAAGGUGGCGCCACUCUUUUUUUGCUUCUAAGUUUUCAAUUGUGUGUUAUUAAUACCUGA